CUCAACCGCAUCAGGGCGAAAAAUAGCUGAAGUCUGGUUAAAAUUCUCCUUUUAUUUUCUGAAGACUUCAGUUUUUUAAGGGAGAGAAAAAAAAAAUGUCUUGCUGUGGUGGUAAUUGUGGGUGUGGCGCUGGGUGCAAGUGUGGCAGUGGCUGUACAGGAUGCAAGAUGUAUGCUGAUUUUGGCGAGGAAAAGAGCACCACCACUUUGACCACGGUCAUGGGUGUUGCACCUCAGAAGGGAGGGUUUGAAGGAUUUGAGAUGGCUGAGGGAGCUGAGAACGGAUGCAAGUGUGGGUCCAACUGCACCUGUGACCCCUGCAACUGCAAAUGAGUAUUAGCCGGCAAGAGAAAAAGAUAAAUAAGUUAUUAUAAUGUUUUCUUGUGUGUUAAUGCGGUGUGUCUUGAGGAUGUUGAGGAAAUCUAAGUGCUAUGAAUAAGAGGCCCUUUGGCUUCUGCUUGCAGCUUGUUAGCUUUCAUUGCUCGUCUUUGGAUGUUGUUGUUGUUGUGUUGGUGUUUGUUAAGAACUCAUGCUGAUCCCUAAUGUAAAAAAUGCUUCCUAAUCAGUAAAUGUCUGUGUUUCUAA